CUUAAAAACAAUUAUACCUAAAAAUUAUAAUUCAUAAUACAAAUAAUUUCAAGAUACGUACGUAAUUAACAAACCCCAGCCCCGUCCCCCACAAUCUUAGCAUCCGGCAACCUCCAACAAACCAUCGAUCUCUAUCAACGUUCCCCACCGUCCGUUUUCACAACGCACGGUUCUGAUCCAAAAUCGCCCAUCCCCCUACUACUAAUAGAAACCAUGUCAUUCACAAUAAUCCUCAAAAAAGAAAAUCCAAACGCUCGGCUGACAGAGAUCGCCGGAAAAUCGGCCGUUCACCGUCGCCGGAACUCCCAAUUUCCCAUUCUUCUUCCAUCGUUAUUUCAAUUCCCGAUGUCAGCCCCCACCACCAUCGCCGCCGCCGCUCCCAACGGCGACCUUAAGCUCCACCACCGGCGAUCGCCGGCCUUCCGCCGGAAAAUAGAUCCCGCCGGAGUCGAUAUCCCCCAGGCUGAGAAUAAGGAUCCGGAGUUCACUAAUUGGAGCUCCGACUACACGAGCAUCCGAGACCUGAUAGCCUCCUCGCCGCGAAGCUGCGCCGCCUCUCCGACCGCCUUCGGAUCGGAGAUCCAGAUCCGAAACCCGCUUGUUAAGCAGGCGGUGUGCGCGUAUCUGCAGCUAACCCCUUCCUCCGCCGACACAUCAUCCUCCUCCUCCUUCUGGAAUCUGCAUCUCCGGCGGCUCAUGACGGCGAUCUCCGCAGCCUUCCGGCCGCUCCGCCGCUGCUUUAGGAUCAUUGCACGGCUGCUCUGCUGCGCAAACUCCGGCGAAUCGCGGUGAUCCCAUUCCCAUCCCUUAUUUACUUUUUCUGCUAGUCUGUGUUAUCGAUUUGUGAAUCAUAGAAGUGCCAGAAAAAAA